UCCAUAUGAGUCUUCGGUCCGUGGUCGCGAGCAGAUUUCGAAGAAUGUGACUCCUUUCGCGACUGCUCGUGACCGUUCGAUCCUCUCGCCUCGUCGCCCCUCAUCCGAUAUUCUCGGAUGCUACAUUUUUAGACGCGCGGUCGACGGGGGGACAUUAUCCGCUGACGGCUGACGGAUAUAGAUCUCGACUGCGACACUCUGAUGUGACUGUCUGAUGUGACUGUCGAGAGACGCGAGAUUACGCCGUGUGACAAUCCGGGAGGAAGAUCGUGCAUCAUCCGCCUGUCAUCUCUGGAAUUCUACCGUCGUCUACGGACGACGGUCACAUCUCGCUCUGGGCAUUGUUGUUAAUCGGAACGGACGAGCUGUCAGCUGAAGAGGGGUCGAAGGUCGUUUUCCAUGCUGACCCGUCACGAGACCUUGACAAUCGAUAAGAAAGCAUGUGUGUGCACGGACUCGUGAGUUGGCUCGGAGCGUCGAAGGACUCGGCGGUGCGCGAAUGGCUCUCCUUCUCCACGAGACUAGAGGUGACUCGACGGACGCGAUCGCGAGGUUAGACGAUCACGCAUGAAGAACCAUGAAGAGUCCCGCGACGUCCCUGCAACACUUGAAUGGGGGGACCAACGCACAUCCCGUCCCGCCGUCGCAGAGCUUGACGGCACCGGGCAGCGUCAAGUCUCGCUUCGUCAACGUCAACGCCAACGCCAACGCCAACGCCAACGCCAACGCCAGCAGCCACGCGACCACCAACGGUAGUUACCAAGUGGUGAAGGUGGCCGGACGGGAGUCCGGCUGUUACAUCGCCAGCAACAUUGUGCCCAGGGUCGGCAAGCAGCAACUGGUGUCCUUGAAUGGAGACUCGGUUCGCUGCGACAGCGUGAACAUCGACGAGGCGUUGGCAUGCGACGUAGCGCCUGUGCCGCCUGCGACGAGGACCAAGGCACUAUGUGUGCACAUCCGGGAGAACAAGUGGUAUGACGCUGGCAAUAUAGUUUCCGUGGGAGUCGCGGGAACCAGCCUGAAUCAUGCUCUGGAGAGCAUGUCCUUGGCGUACAAUCCUAGCACGAAACAGCUGUACUCUGUAGAAGAUACUAAGGCGCCUCCUCUUGGCAGUGCGCAGAUUGACUGCACUUCUCAAUACUUAGAAUCUCCAUGUAACGGUAAGGAACGAUCCGGCUCCAGCGUAAAACUGGUCGACUCGGAUAGAUAUACGAAACUCGAGAACGUUAGCGCAAACAGUAGUCCGAGGAAUAGUCUGCCUCGAUCGUGUAGCAGCACAGUGUCUUCCCUUAGCGAGAUAUCACCCUCAGGUAGCUUUCUGGGAUCCGACGAGCAACAGCACGUUGUAGAGAAGAACGACAAGACCAAACGUUGGGGAUUAAAUUCGCUGUUCACGAAGAAUGUGUUCUCAUGGAAGAACAAGGGUUCCCAACAAUCGACGCCUACCAGUAGCCCGUCAAGAAGUGUCGAUAAGGUAGGCGGUAGUACAGCUUUAAUUCAACAGCCGAGACCAGCGAAUCUGCCGGCUAAGAACGCGCUGGAGGAGGAACGCCAUCGUAAGCAAUACACUGCUAUUUUAGAGGCAGCAAAAAAGAGAGAAUUGCGCGAGGAGAAAGAGCGCAAGCAACAACGAGAAUCACAGCUCAAGGAGGAAGUGAGAUUAGCCGAGGAUUCUAACACGUGGAACGUGUACGUCCUACCGAAAUUCGAAAGUGUUAAGAACACGAGAAAAGUAAGGGAGCUGUGGUGGCGCGGUUUGCCGCCGAGUGUACGCGGUAGAGUAUGGAAACUAGCGAUUCCAAAUAACUUAAAUGUAACUCCGCACCUCUAUAAUCUCUGCUUGGACAGGGCGAUGUCGAGCCCUACCAACGAGUCAUUAGCUGCAAUCAGAUUAGACGUAUCUCGUACCUUUCCUACCUUAUGUGUCUUUCAAGAGGGUGGACCACUAUCCGACAGCCUUCAGGGUAUUUUGGCAGCGUAUGCCGUAUACAGACCGGACGUGGGCUACGUGCAAGGAAUGAGUUUCGUCGGUGCGGUAUUGUCGUUGAACAUGGAACCACCGGACGCCUUCGCUUGCUUCGCUAAUCUGCUAAAUCAUCCUUGUCACAGAGCCGCCUUUACAUUGGACCAAAAGAGAAUGAACAUUUACUACAAGGUAUAUUCCAGUGCUCUUGCGCAUAAGCUGCCAAAAAUCUUCUCCCAUUUCACCGUAGCCGGAUUGAGCCCAGACUUGUAUCUGUUAGAUUGGUUGUACACGAUAUAUGCCAAAGCAAUGCCUCUUGACGUCGCAUGCAGAAUCUGGGACGUCUUUCUCAGAGACGGAGACGAGUUCCUCUUUAGAACGGCGCUCGGGGUGUUACACUUGUAUCAAGAGGAGUUACUGAAGAUGGACUUCGUGCGUGGCGCUCAGUUUCUCACUAGAUUACCGGAGAAUCUACAGGCGGAAUCAUUAUUCAACAGUAUUAGUCAAAUGUCUACUACCGUCGGGACAACGACGUUCCAGCAAAUGUUGAUUCAAUUCUCGUCGUAAGCGAAAAUGCGUCGGGAGAUACAGCGAAAAUUGAAUUUGAGGUACCGCCUUUAUUAUUACGGUUAGGGGAAAAGCGUGUCUCUCUUGAAGAGAUGCGCAUAUUUGUUACAUAUAUUUAUUAUUGUUUAGUAUUGAACAUUUUUCAUUUCUUUUUGGGAUCUAUAUUUCUACCAACAUAACACGCGAGAUUGAUGGCGUUCAUUUGAAUGGCUCGUGGAUAUAUACUAAAUAUCCCAAUGAAGCAUCUGAAUUAUUAUUUAUUCUAAAUUUUACUAACUUAAUAUUGUUCGAAACUUUUGUCCCGCGAUGGACGUAAAGACGAUAAUGUAUCUAAUCAAUUGCAUAGAAAAUUGGAUCAUUUUCAUGGAAAGUCACAAAAAAUAUAUGUAUAUAUACAUAUGUAAAUGAAUGAAUUUGUUAUAGAAGUCAUAUUUUUCAUGUAAAUAAUAUAACUGACUGUUUCUCAUUUGGUUGUAGAUAUGUUCUUGUAAAGAGUGAAAUUAGAAAAAAUGAUCGGAAUAGAUCCUCAAUGCUCUAUCAAGUAUAUUAGAUCUGUGCGCACUUUGCAUUCUCUUUUAGUGUUUUCCGAAAUAUGACAAAUAUUGUAUUUGUAACAUCUUGGAAAAUACUCUUCAAUAUACGGGAAACACAGAGAUAGAGAGAAAAAGAGAAAAUGUGUGUGUGUGUGUGUGUAUGUGUGUGUAUGUGUGUGAGAGAAUACUAUAUCGUUAGGUUCCAAGUUUAGCUCAAUUGUAUAUAUUAUAUUGUUUGUUUUAUUCCUCACCGGUUUUGCUAUAUCAAUAGCAGUUUUACUAUUAAAAGUUUAUAUUAAAUUUUUAAUAAUUUGUGAUAUUUAAAUGACCGAGAUGCAUCAAUUUUGCUUCACGUACCGACAUACAAAUCGCGAUACCACACGCAGCAUCGUGCAUUCCAACAUUGAGAUAAAUAUCGGUCUAUAUACUUUUUAUGUACCUAUUCAAUUUGUGCUGGAAACCAUCUCUCUUCAACGAACGAAGAGAAGUAUAUACUCGGACAACAAUAUUAUAUUCGAUAUACCGUCACAACAGAUAUUAUAUACACGUAAAUGCAUAUAAUCUCAUUCGUGCAUAGAAUUUAGACACAAUUAAGUGAAAGAAAAGAUGACGCUCGCUAUGAAGUAUUUAAUUGCUAUCUACAAACUCUAAAUAUGCUGAUGUAUUUACGACGAUAUAACACGAAAGACACCUAACGAAAUACUUGAGAUUACGUGCCACAAAACAUAUAUUUCAUAUGAAAAUUUUAAUCGAAUAUCAGCUUGUGUGCAGACGCGAGGCUAAAUAGUGCAAACGUAAAGAUAUAAUAAGGAAAUGAAUUAACGAAUUUCUAAUGCGAAUCUUUGAUAACUAAUUAAAGAUAUUGCGUUAGGUAUUUAUGCCGUGAGCAUAUUACCUUUGCGAUUGCACGUUUAUUUCCUGGAACAUGUAACGAGUUAGGUUUUUUUGCGCAGUUCUGGAGUUCUUCCCGACGAAUCGAUGCGUGCUGCUUGCAUUAUUUCGCUUCGUUAUUUUUAGUCUUCGGUACUCAUGAAUAAGGUGCUGAGUAUGAGAUUAUUACAAUCAAGCGUGUGUGAUAAGAAAAGUUCUGCGAUAUACGCGACGCGGCGAAAAGUUUCACCGACUUAUGCGUUUCGCGUUUCGCUUAGUAUUUAAUUAAGUGGAUAUAUUUUCUCUCUUCGUUAUUGUACGGCAGUCAGCUUGGUUUGAAACAGCGAAAUCUUAUGAUGUCCCGUCUUUUGAGUGGCCUUCAUAACGAAGAUAGGAUAAAUUCGAGGUUUAGGAACAUAUGAGAACUUUCUAUAUGUAAUUACCGAACCUUAUCUUUCUCCUAAGGGAAUAAUCUCAAAGGUGUAUUUUCAUACAAUCUAACUGCAAUAAGCUUAUUGUGUGUGCUUGUUGUGCGUAUCUAUUUAAUACGGAUGUGUGCGGAAUAAAGGGAUUUUUUAGUUCUUACUAGAUAUCCACGAUAUCUCAGAAUGACAACUCAGAGUCACAAGCACAUCGCGAUAUAGCUGCGUAUAGCAUGGCUUGGGAGCUUGAAAUUUUACGGAAAAUAUAGAAUAUAUCGUCUCACACCUACCGGUAUAAAAUUAUAUAUUCAAGUACAUAUAUCACUUUUAUAUUAAUGGGACAAGAUGGAAACACGGGGCUGGGAGUUAUAGAAGCUGUCGAAUUGCUAAUUGCUGAAAUGACGCGAAACAAUCAUCGCGGUUCGUUGAGUUUUCACUUGUCACUUUGAAACGAGAUUACCUGAACUUGUAGCGCUGCUUCGUGGUGGUUAUUUAUUUUAUGU